CUUAGAUUUGCUAAUCAAUCACUAAUUUUCGACACGAUAACAUCAAAUAUAUAAUGUUCAAGCGAGAAUGUAUUUAUCCAAAUUUUUCGUAAGCUUUAUUUUGCUAUUGCAAUUGAGUAUCAAUUCGAUUGCUGUCCAAUGGAACAAUGAAAAUAAUGACUUUAAAAAUAAAACGGAAUUGUCUUUGGUGGAACUGAAACCCUUUAAAAGCACAUCUUUGACGAGCUACAAAACAUUAGAUCGAAGGCAAGGCAAACGAAAUGCCACAGAGGAUGAUGAUUUUGAAUUUCUUAUCUCUGGUGGCUAUAGGCCAGAAAGUAAUCCUUUGAGUAAAUUCCUGGUAUCCAUUCGCACGACAAAGGAACAGAUGUCAUUUGGUGAUAAUCAUUAUUGCGGUGGUUCCAUUAUCUCAAGAAAGGCCAUACUAACAGUGGCCCAUUGUAUUGUUUUUCCAAGUGGCAAAGUACGAAAUCCCGAAUCAAUACUAAUUGUGGCCGGAACGCCACGUCGUCUCUUGCGCACUGAGAAUACUCAGGUUAUGGCUGUGGACGAGGUUAUACCACAUCCAGAUUUCAGCCAAAUAAAUAAUAUACUUAAAAAUGAUGUUGGUAUUAUGAAGCUAAAGCAUAAACUAAAACUUGACGAGGAAUUUGUGGACAUUGUACCAUUGGCAGAUACAGAACCAAAAACUGGUACGAAAUGCACUGUUCUUGGUUGGGGGGACGUUUUUCGCAAAGGUCCUAUGCCCGAUGAAGUUCUUAAUGGCGAUGUUAAUAUUUUAGCUGAAUGGGAAUGCAAAUACCAAGGGAUUUCAAAAGGUGGCAUAUGCGCGGGAAAUCGCGAUUCAGAGACAGAUUCGCGUGAAGGCGAUUCAGGAGGACCAAUGAUCUGUAAUAACAAACAAGUAGGCAUUGUGUCUGGAGGAGGAGAAUCCAAAUCCUACGAUCCUUCCAUUUAUUCAGACGUCUAUUAUUAUCGCAAAUGGAUUGCCCAGAAUGGGGCGAACUAUAUCAGCCGAUCGAUCUAUAAGCUAAUGCUGUUGCUUUUGGCAAUUAUUAAGCUGGCAAUAAAUACAUAGUUAAAGCUUUAAAAA